ACUCCACGGCUCCUGCUGCGCAACGUGAUGGACGGACGGAGGGCGGCAGAACACCAUAGAGGUUCAUGGGUCUGCGCUCAGAGCUCCCCAUGAGACAUGGUUCUACCUGAAAAAACGUCCAGACCUUCUGCUCCCAUGAAGGUCCCCAAGCAGCACGCCCUGCGGCACCAGAGCUUGCCCUCCCCGGCCCUGUGCUGCGCCUGCGGCCUGUGCAUCAUGCUAGCCGGCAUCAACAUCACCCUGGUGGGAGCUUUUGCCUUUGGCACUUUCCUCCCUACUGGCAACCCCCCCAUCAUCAUUGGUCCUCUUCUUUUAUUGAUAGCCCUGGCCUUCUUCACAGCGUGCUGUGUGGCCAGCAGGAGGCCCCCGGCACACUUGGCCCACAAGGCUAAAGCAGGUGAGAAGUGGGGGCUGAUGCGGAUGGGGACGGCGGCGUUUGAAAUGGAGACGAGCGAGCACACGCUGCAGGACACCACGGCCGUCCAGCUCAGCCCCACCAACUCCCCCACCUCCUCCCACAAGUCCAGCUCCAGCCACGGGGGCACCACAGCUCGGCCGGGCUGUCAGGACGGAGCCGGCGAGCCGCACAUGUCAGAGAUGUCUGACAUGGCUGUCACUGGAGAUUACACCGCCUUGACCUCUGACAGCAAGGCGAGCACUCUCACACAGAUGCUGCCAGGCCAGAACACUUCCUCUACGUAGCAUGGGCUUUUGAUUCUGCUAAUUACAGUGGGAAUUUUUCGGGGUGUUUGACAGAGCCGAUAAAUGGCCAGCAGACUCUCAGAUUGUAGCCUGAAAUGUGUUCCAUGUGUGAACCUCUCUGUUUGUAGCUUACUCUGUGUGUUGUGUUAUUGUUUAUUACUCAGUCCCAAUGUGUACUUUACUCUGCCAGAAACAGGAACAGGAACUGGAGAUGAUAGCUUAAUCAUGAGUGUUUGUGUACUUCUUUUUGUAUUAUACAGUUAAGGCUAAAAAUCCUGCAGUUAGAGCUUGUCAACCUACGUCGGGAAAGAUGUCCGGCCAAGUUUCUCUGAGUCACGAAAGCUGUUCCUGUAAACCUGUUAAAGCUCAGCCAAAUCUUUUUUUUGUUCACACACUUUGAUAGAAAUGUUCUAAUUUCUGUUUGCAUCAACUGCAGUGGGUGAGUAACCUGUGUCGUGUCAAGAUGGAUAUUCAAGAACAAAUUAGUGAAUGUGUGCCAUGUUUGUUACUGCAGACAUCAUAUUUGUUUGUGGUACCUGUGUGUUUGAUAAAUAAAGCUAAAAUGGGAUUUGA